AUGAGUUUGAGUACCUCUAACAACUGUUGGGAAGCCCCCAAGGAUGACGCUGCGGCGAAAUUCAUUGUGAUUCGACCACACGCGGAAUCUAAGUCUUCCGAAUUGUUCGUGUCUAACAAUCCAGGUGAUGGAUACAAUCUCACAUUUCAGUCACUUGCUGAAUUCGAGGAAUGGAGGCAGCAAGAAGAAGAAAUGUACACUAUAGAGUUUGUUAGGGGUGAUUCUCAUGGUUCGCGUUCCAAUCCCCCUCGGUUUAAGGAGCAUGUCAAGCUUGUAUGCGCACGUCACUCACGUCGGGGUCGAAAGCAAUAUGUCAAGAAGUACCCGGAGAGGAUUCGUAAGCUCCCGAAUCGAAAGAUCGACGGAAUUGGGUGCCCCGCUUCGAUCUGCUACAAGACAUACAUUAAUACUAGCAUCGUCCGAGUCAUGUAUCAACGAGAACACUCACAUUCUAUCGGUCCCGAUAAUUUACCAUUCACCAAGAAAGGCAGGAGGAUCCUAGCCCGACGUAAUCACCCUAUUCCAAGGUCUCUUGUCACGCCUAGCUAUAGCCCAAGUACCAGUAGCGUGGAAUGUUCCUCCCCUGAUGUCCCGUCAGCAAUAUUCCCUUCCCAUAACUCAAUAUCGUCAGCCCUUCCUGUUUAUGAUAUCCAAUCCGAAGACGCGAGUUACGAUCAAGCACAGAAACAGCCUCUCCUGGAGCGGCCCUUCUAUCCCCAGCAUCACGAGCUUGGGGAUUUAUGCGUUAUAGGGGACAAGGAAGCAGACUCAAUCACUCAGGCUGCUAUGUACACACGUGAGCUGGAUCUGGUUCCCGGGAAUCAUUGCACGAUUUCCAGACCUCCUGCACAUAUAGCCCACUCCAGAUGGGACAGGUUGGCAGCUCUCUUCCGUUCCGUUCACGAACAUGCGGCGUCAUUCGAGUAUCCUCUAGAUACUCUAGGUGAGCUCGAAGAUGUGCUCGCUAGAUUGUAUCACGGUAGCAACAUAGGAGAAGAUUUAUUUCAUAGCCAAGAAGUUCUCGGCUUGAACAUGACAGGAAGGGGUGCACCGAGAGGAGCUUGCGCCAAUGACAAUGAAGAACCAACCCAACCUAGCCCCGUAGGGAAUACAUACAUUCCGGGCUGCGAGCUAUCAGGGCAAGAAGCAUGCUCACACGCAUGGUACAGUCCGGACCUCGAAUUUACCUAUUGCGCACCCCAUGCAUUGGGAUAG